UUCUCUCCUCUACUCUCCGUUUAAAAUGCGGUGCGUUUCGAUUUUAACGUUGAUCAUAGUUUCGUUCGCCGACAUCAGCGUCCAGGAACCGAUGCUGAGAACAUGCGAACCUAUCAGGGUGGAACUGUGCAAGAACCUCGGCUACAACAUGACCGGCAUGCCGAACUUGAGUGGCAACGAUUUACAACAGGAGGCCGACUACAACAUCAAAUCGUUCUCGCCGCUGAUCCAGUACGGCUGCAGUCCGCAGCUGAAGCUGUUCCUUUGCUCCGUUUACGUGCCAAUGUGCACAGAAAAAGUGUCAAAUCCGAUAGGUCCGUGUCGCGGUUUGUGCGAGAGCGUCUUCUCCCGUUGUUAUCCCGUGCUGAGCGAGUUCGGGUUCCCGUGGCCGGACGCGCUGGACUGUUCCCGAUUCCCCGUCGAAAAUAACCAGGAUCACAUGUGCAUGGAGGGACCGAAGGAGAUGAGGAUCGUGGACGUAAAGUCGCCCGUCAAUCCGGCAGUGGCGAACUGUCCGCCCGGACACGUGCCCGAUCUUAUGGCCGGAUGCGUUUCACGUUGCGAUUCCACGUUGAUCUUCGACGAGGCCGAAAAAAGAUUCGCCGAGGUGUGGGUGACUGUUUGGGCGUUGAUCUGUUUCACCACCAGCUUCGGAUCAGCACUGACUUUGACAAUUGGAGGCGGAAGAGUUAAGGCGAAACCUCUAGUCAGUUUGGCACUCUGUUAUUGUCUCGUUAGUGCUGGUUGGGCACUAAGGAUGUUCUCUGGCAGAAUGUCGAACGGUUGUCACAGGAACAACGGCGAUUUUCCGGAAGACGGAUUAUCGAAUGUUAACUGUGCGUUCGUUUUCCUUCUCAUCUAUUAUUUUGGAAUGGCCGCAAAUGCUUGGUGGGUGUGCUUGUGCGCCUGGUGGGUAGCUAGGGUGGGAUUGUCGUGGGCCCCCGAAAAAUUGAGGAGUCUGGGCUCCAUCUUGCAUGUCUGCGCGUGGGGAUUCCCCGCCGCCCUCACCGUCGCCGCCCUGGUACGACGAGACGUGGAUUCUGACGAUCUAACAGGGACGUGUUACAUCGGAAACAGAAACAACACAACUCUCCUGACGUUAGUGCUCAUACCUUACGUCAUCUUCUUCACAUACGGAGUGUGUCUUUUGAUUCUGGGUUGCGUGUACGUGAUCAGAAAACCCAGACAACUGGCGGCGGCACCACUUACCUCGACGGCGCCCAGAAAGGAAGGUGAUUUCUUGGGCGCCAUCUGCGCCCUUUACGCCAUCCCGACAUUCUGCGUCAUGGUCAGCGUGUACUACGAAUACAACAACCGGGAUAAGUGGUUGGCGAGAGAGAAACGGGCGGCACUUUGGGCAUUUCUGUUAAAAUAUCUGAUGUCGUUGUUUGUGGGCGUGAGUUCGAUAUUCUGGAUCUGGUCCAUGAAAACGGUGACGGCCUGGAAGGCGGUCCUGAGACGACUGGGACCGAGGAAGCAGCCCCCGGUCAAGGUGCAAACCAUGCCUGUGUUGCGGUACGUGCCAACGCACCAGCCGAUGUCCAGCACGAUGAGCACGAGCAGCAGACAUUCAUCUAGGUCGAAUCCGCACAGGAAACCGCGGAUGCACAAUCUAAGAAACGGCGGCGAGUCCAUAAUCUAGAUGGUGCAUUCUAAUUUGUUGUAAAUAGACUGUGAUUAUGUUCCGUAUACAAAUAUUUAUUCUGAUCUAUUUCCCUUGACUUGAUUUUUUGUACAAUAAAAAUGAAAUUUUUAUGCAAUUUAUAGGAAUAGGAGAGGGUUUACAUAGACUUAACGAAUGAACAUUGGACGAGGAUUUUGCUUCGUCGGCUUUAAAAUGGUCUAACCCACAACUGUACGAUUAUCCUGUAAAGAUCAGUGUAUUGUGCCAUUUUAUUACAUUCAAAGAAUGUUUCAAGUUUUUUUUUUAUACUUUUGAGCUUUUUAUAAAUGUUUGUACAGUGCCUUAUUGACUGAACUGUAACUAUUUAUUAGUUAAGUAUUGCUUUAUGCUUUCAAUAAUACUAUUGUAAAUAUCCGUGCCAUUUUUUAAACAUUUUUUAUAAGAAUUAAAUGUACUUAGCUUACAAUUAGUUGUAUAAUAUAUUGUAAGAUUGUGAUAUGUGUCCCCUAAAUUAAGUGUAUAGAUAGAAAUACAUAUGUUUUAUACUAAAGA